AUGAACAACGAACAAUUUCGGCGUCUCCUUCUCGACAACGCCUCGAAAUCCCAGAACCAGAAACAGUCCUCCCAAUCUCCCAAGUCCCACGAUUCAUCGCGAGGUCAUGGAAAUGCAACGCCCGCUGCGGCUCCCUCGCUGGGAUCUCGACUGAAGUCGAGCAUUCCCAUGACGCCGUGA